AUGGUACGGGUAAAAUUACGAGCGUGGUCCAAAUUUUUUGUUAAAACGUCGACGCGUGCUGUAAGGUUUUAUUUAAAAUCGCUUUAUUGUUUUUUAACCCGGGUAAGGCGAUUUUUACCGAUAAGUUUAAAUCCUGUCGCAAUAAAUAAGGUUACCUGCCGCGGAUUAAUUGGUUUGGAAAGGACGCGUGGCUUUUUAAAAGCAAAAACAAGUUUAUUGUUUAAAGCAAUAAGCGGGUUAAAGGAUUUAGCGAUAAGCUUAGUAAUUGUAGCAAGCGGCUGCGGAGUAGCCGGUUGCAAAGGCUUGUCGGGGUCCGUUGUAACGGCGACCGACGCCAAAAUUGGUUUUUAG